UUUCCAUUUCAUUUACUGGAGAAACUCAGUGAUCUAUCAUGGCUACCAAAGUACAUCUUUUCAAAUUUGUUUCCUUGCUCUUCUUCUUUUGCAUGUGGACUCCUCAUGCUGCACAAUAUUGGAAUAUAACAUUGGAGGGUGAUAGUCUCAAACCAGGUGACACGCUAAAUUCCUCAAGUAGACUACCUUCAGCAGAAAAGAAGUUCUAUUUAUUGUUUGCAACGAUGCCAGUGGCAGGAACUACUCAAUUUUUGGUAAUAAUGGACGCGAGUGCUGACCGUGGUGGUAAUUUUGUAUAUGUUGCUAAUCCAGGCAAUCCUAUUGCCCAGGAUUCGAGCGUGCUCACCUUGGACAGUGCUGGAACAUUGAAAAUUACACGUAAAGGUGAGGAUCCUAUAAUAUUAUACUUCUCUACUCAACCUACUAUGAACACUAUCGCCACACUACUGGACUCUGGUAAUCUUAUCUUGAAAGAAGUGCACUCUGAUGGAUCUACGAAGCGUGUGCUAUGGCAAAGUUUUGAUCAUCCUAUAGACACGCUUUUGCCAAAUAUGAAAUUGGGUGUUAACCACAAAACAGGCCAGACUUGGUCACUUACAUGUUGGUUAACUGAUCAAAUCAUAGCUCCAGGGCCUUUUACUCUUGAAUGGGAUCCCAAGGGACGCGAAUUGAUCAUUCGGCGACGAGGGGUGAUUUAUUGGACAAGUGGCAACAAAUUUCAGAACAUGUUACUGGACAAGAGUAUGUAUAAUUUCAUGGUCGCUACAAAUGGGGAUGAAGAAUACUUCAGUUAUAAUAUUACAGGUCAAAGUCAGCAGUCAGAAUGGAUGAUUAAUCAGAUGGGUCGAUUACAAGAAAUAAAAGGACCAAUUAUUGCCGAUGCAGGUCUUUGUUAUGGCUAUAACACAAACGGAGGAUGCCAGAGAUGGAAACAGCCAGAGUGUAGGCAUCGUGGUGACACAUUUGAGCUUCAAUCUGGCACUUUCUACACAGAGGAAUCAAGUUUUCUAGACAGCCAGAAUCUUAGCACCAGUGAUUGUAGGCAUGCUUGCUGGAGCAACUGUAGCUGUGUGGCUUUUUCUUCUCUAUUUUAUAAUGGCACUGGAUGCGCAUUUUGGACAGAAAAGGGGAGCUUCAUUCAGGGAGACUCAGGAUCAGUUUAUAUUCUUUCACCAAACCAUUCUCGCAGAGGAAUGAAGAAAAAGAUACGGAAUGUCACUAUCAUUACCGUUGCUUUGCUUGUAAUUUGUCUCUUUGUAUUGUGUUACGUGCUAAGAAGGAGAGAGAUUGUACUUGAAGGAAAUAAUGAAACAAAGGUUGAAAAGGAGUUGCUAGAUUUGGUGACUUCAGAGAGAUCAAUCAAUGACAAUGUGAUUCCAGAUAAUGGAAAGAGGGACCAUGAUUUGACUGUCUUUAGUUAUGCAAGUGUUAUGGCCGCCACAAAUAACUUCUCCUUGGCAAACAAGCUUGGAGAGGGGGGCUUUGGGCCUGUUUAUAUGGGAAAAUUGAUAACAGGGCAAAAUAUAGCUGUUAAGCGAUUAUCAAGACAUUCAGGACAAGGAGGUGUUGAAUUUAAGAAUGAGUUGAUACUCAUAUCUAAACUCCAACACAUGAAUCUUGUUAAACUUCUGGGUUGCUGCAUUUAUGAAGAAGAGAGAAUGUUAAUCUAUGAAUACAUGCCCAACAAAAGCUUGGACUACUUUAUAUUUGAUUCAAAUAGAAGCAUGCUGUUAGAUUGGAAGAAACGCUUCAAUAUAAUUGAAGGAAUUGCUCAAGGAUUGAUCUAUCUCCAUAAAUACUCAAGAUUAAGAGUGGUUCAUAGAGAUUUAAAAGCUAGCAAUAUACUCCUUGAUGAAAAUAUGAACCCCAAAAUUUCUGAUUUUGGCAUGGCAAGAAUUUUUCAACAAAAUGAACAUGAAUCAACUACAACCAGGAUUGUGGGGACAUAUGGAUAUAUGUCUCCUGAGUAUGCCAUGGAAGGAGUUUUUUCUGUAAAGUCUGAUGUCUACAGUUUUGGAGUUCUAAUGCUUGAAAUUCUGAGUGGCAGAAGGAAUAAUAGCUUUUACCAGAUCGAGCACCCACUCAAUCUUGUUGGAUACGCAUGGGACUUGUGGAAGGAAGACAAAGGGGUAGAACUAAUGGAUCCAGCACUAAAUGAUUCUUGUAUUAAACAACAACUAUUGAGAUGCAUACAAGUCAGUCUCUUAUGCGUGGAAGAGAAUGCAGUUAAUAGGCCAACAAUGUCUGGUGUCAUAUCCAUGAUGACAAAUGAAAAUAUGCUACUGCCAUCGCCUAAAAAACCAGCGUUUUCAUUUGGAAGAAAAGAAAAUGAGAAUGAAGCAGAAAUUCAUUCAGCAUAUGGCUUGUCUUUUUCUAGUAUGACUGCUCGCUAAAUAACUACAACGUGUUGUUUUGUAUUUCUUCAUACUCAAAUGUAAGGUUCGUAUCAGACAGCUCUUCACUUAUUAUUAGUGUCUCCCUUAAAUGCUUUUGUAACAAUAAAGGUUGCUCAUUUUACGGCACAUCGCGGUUUGGCACUUUGAUACUUUGAUACGUAAGAAACUAUUAAACCAGUUAAGCUA